AUGGACGCAUGCGAGGCAACAAGGAUAGUUAUGUCGAGGGUUCAGAGUUUGGACCCGGAAAACGCUGCCAAAAUCAUGGGUUACAUACUGAUACAGGACGACGGCGACAAAGAGAUGAUAAGGUUAGCCCUCGGGCACGAAGCCCUUCUCCUGUCCCGUGUCGAACAGCUGAGGGCCCGUUUGGGUCUUCCGCCCGCAAAACCCUCGAGCCCUGUCGCGCCAAACGGGCCAUUCCCCACGCGGGUUGCGAUACCGAACGGCCCAAGGCCCGUCUCCUACGCCGCGGCGCUGAACGGCGAGGUGAACAGUAACCAACUGCCGUUUGUGGAAGAUUCCGUGGUGGAUCCGAUUAUGAGCCCAAGCGGGAGGAGCGAUUCUCUGAUUUUCCCUUACGGUGAGGACGCGCCCUCUCCACAACCCCAGCCGUUCCACAGGAGGAGUUGCUCCGUGAACGAUGCUGUUUUCCUGUCUAAUUUGGAGGAGGGCGGGGGUUUUGGGUGGAGGCCGUGCAUGUAUUUCGCGAGAGGGUUCUGCAAGAACGGCAGUUCCUGCAAGUUCUUGCACGGUGAGAAUAAUGGUGGUGAGGUGAUGGAAGAGGGCUCUCCAAGUUCGGCUGCAUCAGGGUUUGACGAGUUUGUGAGAAUUAAGGCUAUGCAGCAGCACAGGCUUGCAGCCAUGCCUUCCAGGGGCCACCACCAUUCUUUUCCUUACAGCAAGUCUGUGAACAUUCUCAAUGACAAUCAGAGUGAACAGGUCUGUUUUCAUCUUGCUAUUUUACGAAUUGCACUCUUUUUGGCCGGUGUUAAAAGGGGUGCCGGUUUUAGUUCGUGCUCACGGCAAAUUUACUUGACCUUUCCAGCUGAUAGUACGUUCAAAGAAGAAGAUGUCUCAAGUUACUUUAGUAUGUUUGGGCCGGUUCAAGAUGUUAGGAUUCCAUAUCAACCUAAGCGAAUGUUUGGCUUUGUAACCUUUGUCUACCCAGAGACGGUAAAACUCAUUCUUGCUAAAGGAAACCCGCAUUAUGUGUGUGAUUCUCGCGUGCUCGUGAAACCUUACAAGGAGAAAGGGAAAAUACCAGAAAAGAAACAAUUCCAGCAACAAUAUGACCACUUGGAGAGGGGAGAAUAUUCAACUAGUUUAAGCCCUUCAGGAAUUGAUUCUAGAGAGCUCUUUGAUGUCCCUAUUGAACUUGAUGGUGGCUUAGGAGCAUCAAAAUCUCCAGCUUUUGCAGAUGAUGACGAGAAGUUGGGUGCUGAAGAAACUGAAUCAUCCAUUAUCACUUACAUUCUUAAUAGCAAGAAGCACCAGCAUGUGAAUGAUGAUGACUCGUAUCCUCCUGAAAGUUUGGAGCAUAUCCUACCUGAGAACCUUUUAUCGUCUCCUACAAAAUCAGCCACAGAGCAACAAUCUGCUUUCUCAAUUGCUGCCAGUAACAAUAUAACUGUGACAAAUAAAUUACCUAACAGCUCUCCCCACAGAAUGGCUUCUCUGUUUUACUCUGAAACUGCAAGGUAUUUAACGCUGAUUGUGGUUAGCGAGCAGGGAUUAGCUUAG